GAAGGAGAGAGGAGCGCAGACACAGGGGAGGGUUUUUUAAAUUUCCCUUUUUAUGGUUCUCGGAUCAUAAACACUUGAGGACUUUAUAAACAUGCACCUACUGGGAAUAUCUCUCUUACUGGCAUAUCUUCUCUACACCAACCUCGCCAGCGACUUCAGCCAGAGCGACUACUAUGAUUACUACGAACAAGAGCAGAUGGACGAGCCGGACUCUUCACCAAAGCCAGACAUGGAGCAGAAGUUGCGUUCAGCCUCCAGUGUUGAUGAACUGAUGAGUCUUAUCUAUCCUUCAUACUGGACCGCUCUGAAGUGCAGAUCCAAACUUUCUGCUGCUGCCUCUAAGAUUUCUCAGCGGCCGCUGGCUGAUGCAGGAGAGCCAACAUUCGCUGCUGCCUACCUCAACUUGGAUGUCCUAAAAAGUAUAGAGUCGGAGUGGAGGAAGACUCAGUGCAUGCCCAGGGAAGUGUGUGUCGACGUGGGCAGGGAGUUCGGGGCUCCCACCAACAUCUUCUAUAAACCACCCUGUGUGUCCGUCUACAGAUGUGGAGGAUGCUGCCACUCUGAAGACAAACAAUGCAGGAAUAUCUCUACUGGUUACCUCAGCAAAACUGAAUCCAUCCAAUAGUUGUCGAGAUAUUUCACACUAUACCAAAGUGUUGGUUGAGCCAGACUGAUCAACGAGAGCCGGACCACAAGCACGGCUGAGAUUUCAGUCUGUCCCGUCCUCCAGUCUGCUCCAACACAGCUCAAAUUCACAAAUGUGUUUAAAUCUGUGUUAGUGAGCACUUCUCCUUUGCCAAAAUAAUCCAUCCACCUCACAGGUAUGGCAUAUCAAGAUGCUAAUUAGACAACAGGUGUGUGUUGUGGAAGUUUUCCUGCUUUACUCUGGAGAGAUGUAUAUAAAGUCAAAUAAAUGGUGAUAGAGA